CCCUUUGCAGUCCAAAACCUGAUCCGGAAGGGACAGCAGAACUUCCCACAAAACUCGAUCCCAGCCUCAGUCCUGGACUCGCGACGAUCGCCGCUGGAGUCAGUACGACCGUGUGCGAGGACUCCAGCAACACAAGUAGCAUUAUGUACCCGUCCUCAGGUAGUGCGCCUCACACCACGGGGAAUACCGGAGCGGGGAAAAUCAGCUACCGCGGUAUCUUCACUACUACCUCUAGUGGCAGCACUGUCUCCGCCAGUAUGGGUCCCAACGGAGGCGGAAGUCUCACUGGUCUGGGCACAGGCCUCGCUGCUGCUACCACCUCUCCAACUGCUCAAGGCAUCAACCACUGGCUACUCCCUAGUCCAGACAAAACACUAUUCCCUCCCCUGUUUGGUCUGCUCGGGCAACAACCACAACACCCUCAGUCCGCAGCGUCACCUCAACAGCAACAACAACAACAGCAGCAGCAGCAGCAACAACAACAACAACAACAGUAUCCCUCCGCGAGUCCAAGUCCCGCUGCAAUUCACUACGAUGAUGGAUCUCAGCAGCAUCAGGAAGACCUGAUAGGACUCGGCAUAGAGUGUGGACCUGGGGGGAACAUGGCGCUCAAACAACCUCCGACAUAUUCAAGUUGCAGCGGGGGUUCAAUCGCUGACGUUCAACAGCAGCAAGAGAUGGCAUACAGUCGGGUGGGACAGUCCCUCGUGCCCUCAACGGGGAAGUACCAGUGGUUGGACUCGCAAGUUGUGGCUGCGUACGGCUCUGGGAUGUCUGUCCCUGGACCCUCAGGGCUCAUCCCCAAACAGGAGCCUUUCAGUGCCUGUGCGGGGGGUGGUGGAGGGACGUCAGGCAGUGGCGGGGGUGCAGGGGGUAGUGUGGGUGAUGUGCAACAAGCUCAAGAACAGCAACAACAGCAGGGAGGGAAUUUCUCGGUGCAGCUUGCUGAAUACAACCCGUCCACAAGUAAAGGUCACGAGAUUCUGUCGCAAGUUUACCAGCAGUCGCCAAUGCCGCUCAAGUUGGUACCAGUGAAACCUAGAAAGUAUCCGAACAGGCCUAGUAAGACACCGGUGCACGAGAGACCCUACGCGUGUCCAGUCGAGAACUGCGAUAGGCGUUUCUCAAGAUCGGACGAGCUGACGCGUCACAUUAGAAUCCAUACAGGACAGAAACCGUUUCAAUGUCGGAUUUGCAUGAGAUCUUUCUCCAGAUCUGAUCAUCUCACAACGCACAUCCGAACGCACACAGGCGAGAAACCGUUUCAGUGCGAUACGUGUGGACGGAAGUUUGCGAGAAGCGACGAGAAAAAACGCCAUGCAAAAGUGCAUCUCAAACAGAGGCUCAAAAAAGAGAGCAAGCUGAUUGCAGGGGGCGCUUCGAGUAGCUUGUCGACAGCCGGCACUAACCAGCAGCAGCAGCAGCAGCAGCAGCACCAGCAACAAGCAGGACACCACCUGCACCACAUGCACCCACAUCAUCAGCAUCACCACCACCAUCAUCAGUCCGCUACGACCACAAGCGGAAUCCAGCAGCAACACACGGUGACCUCAGACGACAGCCUCACCAUGCCUGUUACGACCUCUCUAUAAACCUUGACUCUUGAAACAAAUUAUGGUGCAAAAUGUGUUCUCUUUAUCCUGUUCGUACGUCAUAUGUUCCGUAUCCCCACCCACUUUAUGUUAACUGUGAUUUUUCUCGACAGCGAUGAAGAAUGUCAAAGACCUUACUUAGUACGGAAAGUUAUUUUAUGUACAUAGACAAGGCCGUUGACGUAUUAAGUUUUGUGCGUCAAAACAGAGAAACCAUGCACAUUUUACUUCGCACUUCGUUGUUCAAUUCUUUGUUGUAAUUUGACGAAAUACAUUAUUAAUUGUUGUGUGUGUGCAUCGUUGGCGCUCUGUGGAAAACCAGCAAAAGGAGAGAGAGAGAGAGAGAGAGAGAGAGGCAGUGGACUCUAUGGUAAUAUUCUUUUUUGUUAUGGAACAUGACAAAUUAUUUUUUUAAAAUACAAGUCGAGCUGUUGCAUUUUAAUGAAAACAAAAACGAAAAGCCACAUUUUAGAAAUGUGCCGUUUCUGUUAUUUUUUCACGUUGCCAAAAAAAAUUGCGUAAAAUGGAGAGAAGUCACGACCGUCUGUGUCAGUUAGUAGCUGGAUCGGUCACGUGACGCUUUCCGCCCUUUAACAGAAAUGUCCUAUUUUUGUACAAUUUUAAUUUCAUUAAUUGGGUCUUUUUUCCGACUAAAUGCUGUGUUGUGUGACGUAUUUGUUGUUGCUUUAGUUUUUAUUUGCAGGCCGGUAAAAGGCUUUAACAUAGUGGAAAGAAACCAGAAAAUAACAAAUGGCUUUAAUUAAUGGAUAUAAGAUCAUAAGAUGCUAUGUAUUUACAUAUUUCUUGUAACUGUACCAAACUUUGUAGGGGUGGCGGUUUCAUAAAAAGUGUUGGAAGGAUGUCUUCAGAACAGAGGAGGCAAGAUAGCCCUCAUUUUCUGACCAACAAUUUUGUUCCCAAUAUUAAAUUUAAUUUUUCUCGAAAAUCAGGUCACAAGAGAGGAAAAAAAAAAGAGAGAAAAUUUUACAGACAGAUAUAUAUUUAUUAAACAAUAACUCCUCCCAAGUCAGCGCUGUCCUUUUUAAACUGCCACUGUGACUAUUUUGAUGUUUGAUGUAAAAAAAUGACAGAGUGUCUCAAUGUUAUAUAUGUAUAUGUUAAAUGUUCGUCCUUCGGGAAGACUUCUCCUUCUAACGACACCGCCUCUACAAAAAUUUUGCAUUGUUGCCAAAUAACAACUUGUUUUAACUGAACAAAACAUUCCGUAGAUUUUAAUGAGAACUGGAGCUGUUUAAUACAGAGGAUAUUGGCUACCCACAAACUAAAUCUACUGGCAGAACCUCGUAUCUAUGCUAGCGGCAUUUGUUCAAAAUCUGUUUCAAACUUAUGAAUCAAGAAACAAAAAUUAUAUAAUUUUAAAUAUAACGGUCAUACACGCACAUCAGACAUCACAUUAUGACGUCAUCCACUUUUCAUAUUAGACAAGGGACGGAACCCUCGCCCAAAACAAAACCCCCGAACAUGCCGGGAAAUUGCCUUAAGGAAGAAAUUGUAUUCAAAUGCCCAAAGUCUUAUCACUUUGACUGUUGAUUAAGUACAGUAGACGUUUUAAUGUAUCUUCCUAGUUAUUCUCUUCUGUUCCCUGACUCCAGAAGAAAGAAUCUAAAAUCCUUUCUAAAUAAUGUGUAGUUUACAUUUUUACAUACGAAAGUGGCUGGAAACCGUGAUUUACUAUUCAAAAAAAAAAUACACGUGAUAUUCGUUAUAUUUCAAAAUUAGGAAAAUUUUGACUUUUCGUACGCGCACUGAAGAAACUUUCGUUACAUUUCAAAACUCUGUAGUUGUAGUGGGAAUGGCAAACAACAUGGCAGCCAGCAAGAAAACGCGAAAUUAGAAACACUGCUGUUGCCAUGGUGAUCUUCAGCGCGUGUGUGCCCGCGCAUUCGAUCCCUGGUCGCGUACACAAUCACCAGCUCAAAUCGCCCAUAUCACAGAUUGGUGGCUAGCUCUUUCAAUUAUGCUCCUCUCAAUUAUUGUGGUGCUAGACGUAUUCGUUGUUUCUCAAGAUAGAUGUAUAUUGUUUCAUUAAAAGAUGCAUAUUCGUUACUAAGACGCCUUUUCGUAUUGCAGUUGUUAUUGGUGGAACCUACCUUUAAGCAAAAAAGCGUACAAAUUCAGGCCUAAAACGCCAUAACAGCCAAAUAAAACAUAAGGAAAACGUGGAGAUGUACAUAGACUAAAAAAAUAAAUUGUAUAUAUAGUCUACAUUAAACUAUUAAAAUUAUAACAUUGUUGAAUUACUUGUAACUAUUGUUAUGAAGUGAAUGCAAGAAACUUAGACGUCCUCUUCCCGCUCGUGUUUGAUGACCAAGCCACCGGUCAAUAUUUUACUCAGACACCCAAUUUUUCUUUGUCCUAAAUAUGACACAUUGUAUGUAUGAAUGUACUGGUACUGAAAGAUUUUGACUUCGUUGUUAUUUCAUUAAAUGAAGAGGGGGAUAAAUUACUUUUAUUAAAAUUGUCUUUUGUGUUACGUAGUGCAUUAUAAAAAAAAAAUCACCUCUUCCGAAAUCUUCAGAGAAACAAAACUCUCCCUUCUCACUACAGUAAUAUAUUUGCACAAACUGUUUUUCUAUUGUUGUACUCUCGUGAUGACCGAAAAAAUUGUGGCGGGCAGUUCCUGGAACAGCCUAUGUAUCCGCGACCCCCCCCUCUCACCGACUUUUCUCGUUUUGUAAAAAAAAAAAAGAAUUAAAAUAAUACGUGUGAAGAGUCGUUAAAACGUCACGAGGCUGUUUCUCUAAAUGUGAUAUCUGCAGACGAAAUAUUAAAGGUGAUGUAACUGUUAUAAAUAGGAAUAUAAAAACUCACUCAAAAAUAUUUAUUUGUACUUUUCUCUCUCGCUGCAUUAGCUGUACAAGUUGAUGUUAUAAAACAAAAUAAAAGUAAAUGGCUGUAAUCUAUUAUUAUUAUUAUUAUAAUAUGAUGAAGAGUCUAUAUUAAUUUUAAGCAAAGAGAGAAAAUAUACAGAGGUAAACUAAA